GCGGUAAAAGAAAACUACAAAAAAAAAAAAUCCCUCUCUUGAACCAAAGAACUCAAAUUAGGGUUUUCAAUUUCGCGAGAAGGACAACAAUCCAACAUCAACAAUGGUGUGCGACAAGUGUGAAAAGAAGUUAUCCAAGGUAAUUGUGCCAGAUAAAUGGAAGGAAGGAGCCAGUAAUACCACCGAAGGCGGUGGCCGGAAGAUUAACGAGAACAAGCUCCUGUCUAAGAAAAGCAGGUGGACUCCGUAUGGAAAGACCAAGUGCAUGAUUUGUAAACAGCAGGUUCAUCAAGAUGGGAAGUACUGUCACACCUGUGCUUAUACGAAAGGUGUUUGUGCAAUGUGUGGGAAGCAAGUACUCGACACGAAGUUAUACAAACAAAGUAAUGUGUAAUGUUGUCUUAGAUUCGCGGAUUCUCGACUUCGACUGUCAUUCAAGCACAAUUAACCAGUAGCAUUAGCUUGAGAAUACGGAAUGGAGACUGUAAAGAUAAUUAAUGGUUGUGGAUUCUACUAGCAUGGGUCGAUGGUUUCUUUCUUUUUGAUGUAGUCGUUACCUUUAUGUACAUUGAUAAUUUUUAGGCUAAAUGUGCCUUCCCCGUCUGUUAGUAGAGCCUGUUGUAUUUUGUGUGCAGCUGCUUCGUUCUUCCUGGAAGUGCAUGUUUUUAUCCACAAACUAAUCCUUAUUUUCUGAAGGUGAUACUUAUUUAAUAGAAUUCCUGUUAUUGGUUUGAA